AUGCGCGGCCCGGAGUUACCAAGAGGCCCGGAACCUCGGGCUGGGCACGAGGUGCUGGGCCAGGUGGCCCGGCUCGCCUCCUCGGGGCUCCUGCUGCAGGCAUUGUUUCGUUUGAUUACCUUCGGUUUGAAUGCAUUUAUACUUCGAUUUCUUUCAAAGGAAAUAAUUGGAAUAGUAAAUGUAAGGUUAACAUUGCUUUACUCAACUGUCAUCUUCUUAGCAAGAGAGGCAUUCCGUAGGGCAUGUCUCAGUGGGAGGACAGAUCGAAAUUGGACCCAGACAAUCAACCUCUUAUGGCUAACAGUCCCCUUGGGUUUAUUUUGGUCUUUGUUCCUGGGUUGGGUCUGGUUCCAGAUCCUUGAAGUGCCUGAUCCUAAUGUAGUACCCAAUUAUGGAGUUGGAGUGGCAGCAUUUGGUCUUUCUGCAGUGAUUGAACUCUUAGGAGAACCUUUCUGGGUCUUAGCACAAGCACAUAUGUUGGUCAGGCUUAAGGUGAUUGCUGAAAGUCUGUCAGUGAUCCUCAAAUGUAUUUUGACAGCUGUUUUAGUCAUGUGGUUGCCUCACUGGGGACUUUACAUCUUUUCUUUGGCCCAGCUUUUGUAUACUACUGUUUUGGUGUUCUGUUACACCAUUCAUUUCAUGAAGUUAUUGGGUUCCCAUGAACCAACCAAGAAGUCUCUUCCAAUCUCCAGAAUGACAGAUCUCUUACCUCACAUCACAGUAAAUGGGAAUUUUGUUAAUUGGAAGGAGGCUAAAUUAACAUGGAGUUUCUUCCAACAAUCCUUUCUGAAACAGAUUUUAACAGAAGGUGAACGGUACGUGAUGACAUUUUUGAAUGUGUUAAAUUUUGGAGACCAGGGUGUUUAUGACAUAGUGAAUAACCUAGGCUCACUUGUAGCCAGAUUGGUUUUCCUGCCAAUAGAAGAGAGUUUUUACAUAUUCUUUGCUAAGGUGCUGGAGAGGGGUAAGAGUGUCAAGCUUCAAAAACAGGAUGAUAUCGCCAUGGCAGCAACAGUUUUAGAGUCCCUGCUGAAGUUUGUCCUUCUGAUUGGCCUGACAAUAACUGUUUUUGGCUAUUCCUAUUCUCAGUUGGCUUUAGAUAUUUAUGGAGGGUCAAUGCUUAGUUCUGGCUCAGGUCCUGUUCUCCUCAGAUGCUAUUGUUUAUAUGUCCUCCUACUUGCUGUAAAUGGCAUAACUGAAUGUUUCACAUUUGCUUCUAUGAGCAAAGAGCAAGUAGACAGGUACAAUUUUACCAUGCUGGCCCUGUCAUUCACAUUCUUGUUGUCUUCCUAUUUCCUGACCAAGUGGCAAGGCAGUGUGGGCUUUAUCUUUGCCAAUUGUUUUAACAUGGGAAUUCGAAUUGCACAAAGCCUACACUAUAUCUACAGGUACUACAGAGAGAGUCCUCACAGGCCACUGGCAGGCCUGCUUCCAUCGCCAUUUCUAAUUGUAGUAUAUGUGGUCAGUGGAGUGGUUACUGGUAUUUCAGAGGUGUUUCUGUGCUGUGAGAAAGGCUGGCUGGCCAGGCUUCUGCACAUCAUGGUAGGGGCUUUGUGUUUGGGAGCUACCCUUGUGACUGUGUUCUUCACAGAGACCAAACUUAUCUUCUUUAUUCGGACUCAGUUCCUGCCCAGAUAUACCAAGAAAAAAACAUGAACACAUAGGAGGACCAGUUCCUAUAUUUAGUUCUGCAGGCCUAUCAGAAUGGUUUGUGAUACAAAAGUGCAUUUCCUGUUUAAAGGAAGAAAAGCAUUAAGUGAGAAUCCACUGAGGUUCUGCUAUUAAUAAAACCAUAAGUUUAUAAGAAACUA